ACUCGUAUCCCACACACACUAAUGAGUGAGUCCACGUUCCGAACCUUCUUUCUGUCUAUAAAUACACUUAAGUGUCGGCUUUGGAGAACUCUUUCUCUCUCCUCCCCCUUGCAAUAGCCGAGAGCUCCGAGCUCCCUCUUUCUCUCUCCACAACUUUACCAUUUCUCUCUCUAUCAUGGCCUCCCAGGCGAGCCUCCUCCUUCUGAAACAGCUCAAAGAUCUUUGCAAGAAUCCAGUGGAUGGGUUCUCGGCCGGUCUGGUAGACGAGACGAAUAUAUUUGAAUGGAGCGUUACAAUUAUUGGACCUCCCGAUACGCUUUAUGAUGGAGGAUUUUUCAAUGCAAUCAUGAAUUUUCCCUCGAACUACCCAAACAGUCCUCCAUCAGUGAAGUUUACUUCAGAGAUUUGGCAUCCUAAUGUUUAUCCUGAUGGACGUGUUUGCAUAUCAAUUCUCCAUCCUCCUGGUGACGAUCCAAACGGAUAUGAGCUUGCAAGUGAGCGCUGGACGCCUGUUCAUACGGUUGAAAGCAUAGUUUUAAGUAUAAUAUCAAUGCUUUCCAGCCCCAACGACGAAUCUCCUGCCAAUGUUGAAGCAGCUAAGGAAUGGAGAGAUAGGAGAGAGGAGUUCAAGAAAAAGGUCAGCCGAUGUGUGAGAAAGUCUCAAGAAAUGUUGUGAUUCACCAUUCAAGGCGUUUUCUACUCGCGUGGGGGCUAAAAGCUUGUAUUAAUUAAUUGUGUUGGUAACUACUGCCUUGCCAGAAAAUGGGGUUGGUCCUUGUAGCAUGCCAUUGAAAUUCUGGCAUCAAUCUCCUCUUUUACUUUUUCUUCACCUAUUUUGUUUUUUAUUUUUAUAUUUGUUUUUCUUUUUUCUCUUUAAGUCACAGUAUUUGCUAUGACUGGAGACAUCUUUGUAUUCAAAGCGUUUUAAUUAGUGCUUGGCAACGAAGUGUUCUUGUCAUAAA